CUCCAAAUAAUGCAUCUGUCGGCCGCUGCGGUUCCCACAGCUCGAGACCCAGGCUGCUGUGUAAUAUUUUUCGAUCGGGAGGAAUACCGUCGUCGUGCAUGCCCAACCUAAGCGAUCCCAGCGCCGUUCAGCGGCUCCCGUUUCCCCCACAAUCACUCAGGAAAGCUGUUGGGAAAUUGGCACGAAGUAGGCAUGGUUCAUAGAGGGGCUUUCCUACUUACAGCUGUUGGAAUAGUGCUGCUAACUUCCACGAUACAGCUCUCCAAUGCUUCAGGAUACUUCGAGCUGCAAAUUAACUCGAUACAGAAUAUCGCGGGCCAGCUCAUCAGUGGAAACUGCUGCGAUGGAGUGAAAGAUUAUGACGGGUCUUGUACACAGGAUGCGUGCGAUACUUACUUCAGAGUUUGCCUUAAGGAGUACCAAGUGAAACCGUCGGCAAGUGGAACCUGUACGUUUGGGAGAUACACCAGUCCCGUGUUGGGUGGAAAUUCUUUUUCCCUGUCAAACAAUGGAAACAAUGCCGGACGAGUCAGGCUUUCAUUCGACUUCGGUUGGACGAGUGGCUACACAUUGAUACUUGAGGCUUGGGAUCGGGACAACACCAGCCGGACAGAUGGCCUCAUUGACAGUUACUCUGUCUCCGGCAUGAUUCACCCUGGAACUACCUGGCAGAAUUUUCAGUACAAUGGACCAACAGCAGUUAUUGACUACAAGAUCAGGGUACUGUGUGAGGAGCACUACUACGGAUCCAACUGUAGCCGGUACUGUCGCCCCCGAGACGACUUUGUAGGACAUUUUAGCUGUGAUCAGAACGGGAAUAAAGUUUGCAAGGAAGGAUGGAUGGGAGCUGACUGCAAAACACCUGUAUGCAGAGUUGGUUGUGACACAGCACAUGGGCACUGCUCUGUCCCGGGACAGUGCAGGUGCCAGUAUGGCUGGCAAGGUCCUCUAUGUGACCAGUGCAUUCCUUAUCCAGGCUGUGUGCAUGGGAGCUGCAACAGUCCCUGGGAGUGCCUGUGUGAUACCAACUGGGGUGGUCUGCUCUGUGAUAAAGAUCUGAACUUCUGUGGCAGACACCAGCCAUGUUUGAACGGAGGCACCUGCCACAAUGAAGACCCUGAUGAGUACAGGUGCGAGUGUUUGGAGGGAUUUUCUGGAAGGAGCUGUGAAAUUGCUGAACAACCCUGCGUAUCCAACCCGUGUAAGAAUGGAGGUCAGUGUACGGAGGUGUCCAAUGGUUUCCACUGUACCUGUGCUCUGGGCUGGACAGGAGACACCUGUGAAAUAGACAUUGAUGAUUGCACCGAGCCCAACCCGUGUGCCCAUGGAGGAAGAUGUGUGGAUGAGUUGAAUGGUUACCACUGUCUGUGUCCACCAGGAUGGCUUGGGUCCACCUGUCAGAUAGAUGACAACGAAUGUGAAGACAGCCCAUGUGAGCAUGCCUACGCCUGCAGAAACCUGAUUGGGGAUUACGUCUGUGACUGUCAACCUGGCUGGAUGGGGAAGAAUUGUAACAUCAACAUUCCUGACUGUACUGGACAGUGUCAGAACGGAGCAACUUGUGUGGAUCUGGUGAAUGGCUACCACUGCGAGUGCGCGCUGGGGUUCGAGGGGCGGCGCUGCCAGAGGAACAUCAACGAGUGCCUCAGCAACCCGUGUCGGAACGGAGGGCAGUGCGUGGACGGCGACAACAGCUACACCUGCCGCUGCCCGCUCGGAUUCACCGGACGCAACUGCGAGAUUGACGUGGACUUCUGCAACCCCAACCCCUGCCAGAACGACGCGCAGUGCUACAACCUGCAAACCGACUACUUCUGCCAGUGUCGCGACGGCUUCGAGGGCAAGAACUGCACACACCUGGAGGACCACUGUAGAAACGGAGCCUGCGAAGUGAUAGACAGCUGCACGGUGGCUGUCGCCUCCAACACGUCCAGUGAUGGGGUGAUGAUCAUUUCCUCUAACGUCUGCGGAGACCACGGCAAUUGUAUCAGCCAGCCUGACGGAGACUUCACCUGUGCAUGCAACAGGGGUUACACGGGAACUUUCUGUCAAGAAAACAUCAAUGACUGUGCUGUGAACAGAUGUCUGAAUGGAGCGACCUGUGUGGACGGCAUCAACUCCUUCCAGUGUGUCUGUGCAGAGGGCUGGGAGGGCAUACUGUGCAACCAGAAUAAGAAUGAGUGUUCUCCGAAUCCCUGUCGGAACAAUGGGACGUGUGUCGACCACGUUGCCGACUUCUCAUGCCACUGUAAGAGCCCGUGGAAAGGAAGGACGUGUAACAACCUGCACAGUCACUGUGAUGGCAUGACCUGUGCCCACGGUGGGACCUGUAUCGACCUUGGAGACACCUUCACCUGUCUCUGCUCGCCAGGUUGGGAGGGCUUCACCUGCCACAUAGCCAAGAAUCACAGCUGUGCGUCCAACCCUUGUCAGAAUGGGGCCACAUGCAUCAACAGUGGAGAUAGUUUCACCUGCAUGUGCAGAGAAGGGUUUGAGGGGCCACAAUGCCAAGACAACGUGAAUGAUUGCAACCCACACCCCUGUUAUAACGGUGGAAGGUGCGUGGAUGGAGUCAACUGGUACAGAUGUGAGUGUGCAGAGGGAUUCGUCGGACCGGACUGCAGAAUAAAUAUCAAUGACUGUGCGUCCCACCCCUGUGCCUAUGGCAGUACCUGCCUGGACGGCAUUAAUGACUACACCUGCAAAUGUCCCGCCGGCAGAACGGGAAGACACUGUGAGCUGGUUCUAGGGGACCUCCAGCGCCAGCCGUGCUGGGGAAGUGGCGGGCUGUUUGCACACGGGACGAAGUGGGAGGACGAGUGCAACACCUGUUCCUGCAGGAAUGGAGAGGUGGUCUGCAGCCAGAUCUGGUGUGGUCCCGAGGUGUGUUUUGCGGGAGAUGGGAACUCCAUGGAGUGUCCACCAGGACAGUACUGCAUGGUGCCGACGGAGGAGUCCUGCUUCACCCCGCCGUGUGGACGGUGGGGUCACUGCCGCGCCCCCGGCCGAGACCUGCCCGCCGGACCGGUCAGCAAAACCACCACCUGCCUGCCCAACACCACCGAACUGGACAACAACUGUGCCAAGAUUACCCUCAUGUUCGACAAAACUAGAAUGUCCACAGGUGUUUGUGUGGAAGAUAUCUGCAAUACCCUGCGUCACUUGCCUGUAUUGGAUGAGCUAGCCUGGGACAAGUCGCUCCUACUUCUGUGUGACACAGUUGAGGACAUCAAUAACUCAAUAGCUGUUGCAGUGUCCACCGAGGACGCGUCGGGAGGCCGAGACAACGUGGUCCGCGAGGUCGUCAACGCGAUAGCCGACUACAUCAGCAAAAAGCAGAGCAACAGCUCCAUCCUAGCAGCCAUCGUUGAGGUGAAGGUAGAAACCACCAUCAUCAAUUACAAAGACACAUUAAUGGUUCCGUUGAUCUGCGCGGUCGUCGGCUCGGUCCUUCUCAUCAGCAUCGUUGUCGUCCUGAUCUGGUGUCUCGGCCGGCGGAGAAAGCGGCGGCCGCCCAAUCCCGACCACCGAAUAAACCUGGAGAACAAGACAAACAAUAAACAGGAGGAUGUGAGCGUCCAGCGCUACAGAAAUCCCAUCUACCAACCAAUAGACAAGGGCACACAUUCGAGAAAUUCAUUAGACUCAGUCGACAACCAACACAGAGAAAAAGUUUCACAUAAAAACCAAAGAGUACUUUACAAAAGAGACUCUUAUAGAGAUAGAGGAAAGCAUAAUUUAGACAAGCGAAAAAAUAUAAAAGACAUAAAUACAAGAAGUUCACAAAGUGUUGCCAGCAUUGAACUGAUAGUAUAGCCCCCGUGGCACUAUGUGUAAGUAUUAUAAAGUUAUUGUGUAGACAUUUAGUUUGCAGAAGUUAUGUUAAUUUUUCGAGUGUAAUAUAUUGUGAGCAUCUCCAUAUGUGUGAUCUUUAUGAGACAAUUCUGAUAUAGAGUUUUCUUAUGCA